UUAAUAAACUUAACUAAAAUAAAUAUUAAAACCCUUCCAUCUCAGAAGACUGUGAAUGCCUAGUCUUGCCCCAUUCUCUCUCCUCCUUUUUCCGUGUAUGUGUCUUUGCAUAUUGCCAUUUCCUCCUCUCUUCAUCUUAAUGGCGUGACAAUGAACACUAACAGACUGUACGCUUUUCCACUCAAAACAAUCCGUCGAAAUCAAAACCCAUCUUUGUCUCUCUCUCUCUAUAUAAUAUUAUAUAUAUAUAUAUAUCGAUUCUUUACCUUCGUCCCUAAGAACCCCAAACCAAAUCAAAUACAAAUGCUACUGAAAUUCUUGUAUUUUGCGUACUGAUUGAAAUCUCUUGUUGAUAUAUAUUCCUUAACACCUAUAAAUUCAUAUCUGACCUGGGUUUUGGGAUUAGUUUGUCUUUUCUCUGUAUUUUUGGUGUCAUUAUCUCUGUAACUCUCUGUAUCUGUAGUCUGUGACUCUGUAUACAUAACACACACACACACACACACACACACACACACACACAUAUCUAUAUAUAUCUUUGGGUUUUAUGAUGUUUCCAGAUAAACGAGCUGGGAAAGAAAGGAAGAGUUCAGGGAACGCUCUAGUUGAAAGGGCGCUGGAAAUGUUGAAUGACAUCCCUCUCAAUCACAAUCUUCGUCAUCAAAAUAAGCAUCAUCUGCUUAUGAGUGUUUCACCCAUUAGUCCGUCUUGUUCUUCCUCUACUGGGUUUUGUUCUUCUGAUAAUGGGUUUUCACCGUCUUUAACUCCAUUUGAUGAUUCCAUGUACGGAACACCGAGUCCCCUUUACUCGGAUUCUCAGUUUGUGAACAACUCCAAUGGGUAUGAACACGAUUUAUCUGAAAAUCUCUACAGAUUCAAUAUUGGGGAUGAGAACAAGAAGUGUUUGAUGGGUGGGAAUUUCCAGACGGACCCAUCUGGGUUUGGGUUCUCUGAUCGGCAUUUGAGUGGUAUUAGUCCACGAAAUGUUGAAAAUUAUAGCGCAUUCGAAGGUUUUAGGAACAAUGGUUGUGAUUAUGGAGAGUUUCAGUCGUUGAAUCAGGGAAACUUGACGAGUUUGGAUGGUGAUAUGAGGAAGACUCUAGUUGGUUGGCCAGAGGGAUAUAAUGUUGGUGAUUUGAUGAGGUCUGGUCUCACUCAAAGUCAGUCGAAUGUUUUGCAGUCUGACCCCAGUUGCUAUAGUAACAUGACAGAUUUUCUGAUGGAUCAAACAAGGAGGCAAGGAAGGGGCUGUUGCAAUAAUGGAGUUCAAGUACAGAGUCCAUAUUCUAGUGUGCUUAAUAAUCUGAGUGACGAUUUCUAUUGCUCACAACAAAGUGGUUUGGAUUCUAAUGGAGAUAUGGGUAUCUUGAAUCCAAUGAAUUCCUCUAGGUUGAUGAAUCCCAAAUUUGGUUCGAGUGUGGAAAACCCAAUAUAUAAUCAUUCAAUGUUGAAACAAAAGACUACUGCAAUCUCAAAUGGUUGUGUCCCUCCAUCCCUUUUGUCAACGGAUCUUGAGGGUUUUAGUUGUGAAGAUAGCUUGAUUUUUCAGGGAAGGAGUUCGAAACAUGUUUCUGACAAGGGGCGUGAUCGAUGCAAUGGUCGAAAGAAGGAUUCCUACUAUGAGAUUGCAAUGCUGAAUCGGCGAGAGAAAGGACUGGACAUGUAUAUGCAAUCUGAAUAUGGAGGAAUUAUUGAAAAUGGAUUGAGUGAUAGCACUUCGAAUCUGCAGCUAAAUCAUAGAUCAUUGGCUGAGCUACAGGGUUAUAUGUACUUACUGGCCAAGGAUCAGCAAGGUUGUCGCUUCUUACAAAGCAUAUUUGAAGAAGGAACCCAUCAAGACAAGCAAAUAGUAUUUAAUGAAAUUAUCAAUCAUGUUGUUGAACUUAUGAUCAAUCCAUUUGGAAAUUACCUUAUGCAGAAGUUAUUGGAUGUCUGCAAUGAAGAACAAAGAACACAGAUUGUGUUUAUGGUGACUGAAGAACCCAGAGAACUUGUCAGAAUUUCUUUGAACACACAUGGCACACGUGUGGUGCAGAAGUUGAUUGAGACUCUCAAAACCAGGCAGCAGAUUACAUUGCUUGUGUCUGCACUCAAACCAGGUUUUCUUGAUCUCAUUAAGGACCCCAAUGGAAAUCAUGUGCUACAGCAUUGCUUGGAAUGCCUUAGCAACGAUGAUAAUAAGUUCAUUUUUGAUGUUGCUGCAAAGUUCUGUGUUGGUAUAGCAACUCAUCGACAUGGAUGUUGUGUUUUAAAUCGAUGCAUUGCUCAUUCAACUGGGAAAUAUCGUGAAAAAUUAGUUGCAGAAAUUGCCUCUAAUGGGUUUCUCCUCGCUCAAGAUGCUUUUGGAAAUUAUGUUGUCCAGUAUAUUAUAGAGCUUAAGAUCCCAUCAGCCGCUUCCAUGUUAACUUCUCAGUUUGAAGGGCACUACGUAUACCUCUCUAUGCAAAAAUUCAGCAGUCACGUGGUUGAGAAGUGCGUGAAGUAUUUUGAAGAAAGCCGGUCAAGAAUAAUCAAUGAAUUUCUCUCGGUGCCUCUCUUUGAACAAUUGCUGCAAGACCCUUAUGCCAACUACGUGAUUAAAACUGCACUUGUAUAUACCAAGGGACGUCUCCACGCUUCAUUAGUUGAAGCAGUCCGGCCUCACAUGACCCUACGCACCAGUCCCUAUUGCAAGAAGAUUUUCUCAGGCAACCUCUUAAAGAAGUGAUGUUCAUUUGUUCGUAUUGAGAAGUGUUGUUGUUCUUACUAGCAUUAGCCACCGGUAUCUAUCUAUCUAUCUAUCUUGGACCACCACAUGUACAUUAUUUAGAAUUCAGCGCUGAUGUAUGUAGACUAAACAGCUUAAGUUGCAUGGAUGACCUUCAUGCGUCUGUUGACUUUGUAAAGCUAAUUUUGCUCCCAAUUGCUUGAGCUGUUAUUUUGACUUUGUAUUAUUC